GGAAGCGGCCAGAAAACAUUGAAUCAUUCCCAAAAGAAAUUAUUAGGGUUUCGUUUUUCCUCCCAAAUUUCGAGAAAUCUAAACUCUGCUUUUAGUAAAGAUGUCAACCGAGUCAACCCGGGAGGAAAAUGUUUACAUGGCGAAGCUUGCCGAGCAAGCUGAACGGUAUGAGGAGAUGGUUGAGUUCAUGGAGAAAGUGGCAAAGACUGUAGAUGUCGAAGAACUCACUGUUGAAGAGAGGAACCUCCUCUCAGUGGCCUACAAGAACGUGAUUGGCGCCCGUCGUGCCUCUUGGAGGAUCAUCUCAUCCAUUGAGCAGAAGGAGGAGGGCCGGGGAAAUGAGGAUCAUGUGUCAGUGAUCAAGGAAUAUCGCGGAAAGGUUGAGAGUGAGCUCAACAAGAUCUGUGAUGGGAUCUUGAAUUUGCUUGAUACUCACCUGGUCCCUUCCUCCAGUUCAGCUGAGUCGAAGGUGUUCUAUCUCAAGAUGAAGGGAGAUUACCACAGGUACCUUGCAGAGUUUAAGACUGGGGCUGACAAGAAAGAGGCUGCUGAACAUACGCUGACAGCAUACAAAUCCGCACAGGAUAUUGCUCUUGCUGAAUUGGCUCCGACCCAUCCCAUAAGGCUUGGCUUGGCGCUUAACUUCUCAGUUUUCUAUUAUGAGAUCCUCAACUCACCAGACCGUGCAUGCAAUCUUGCGAAACAGGCUUUCGAUGAGGCUAUUUCAGAGCUAGACUCACUGGGUGAGGAUUCCUACAAGGACAGCACAUUGAUCAUGCAGCUUCUCCGUGACAACUUGACCCUAUGGACCUCAGACAUGAAUGAGGAUGAGAUUAGAGAAGCCGCCCCAAAGCGUGAAUCAGGAAAUGGCCACUGAUGACCAAGGAGAAGCACCAUCAUCAGCCUUUUGAUGGUGAUGUUGUCAUGAUGGAUUUUGUGUUUCUGCGCUCCCCUUUGCUUUUAAAUUUGAAGUCUUGGUAAAGUCCUAAUAGGGAUUUGGAUGUGCUUUGUUAAGAUUGGCAGUAGACAUUUGGUGUGGCAAUUGAAUUUUUUUUAAUCAAUUUGAUCGAUCAAAAUGGCUGUUUGUUCU